AUUAAUUCACAACAGAAACCCCAAAAGCCUUACUCUUAGGUUUCCCCACUCACUCAGACUUCGAUCCUCCUCUCGUCGACGCCGUCCACAAACAUCCGACGUAUCCUCGCCGCAAAUAUCAGCAAAGAGUUGACAAAGAAUGGAGUACGUAAACCCUGAAGGUCUUCGGUUAGAUGGUCGACGAUUCAAUGAGAUGAGGCAAAUCGUAGCUGAAGUUGGAGUGGUUUCCAAGGCUGAUGGCUCUGCUGUUUUCGAGAUGGGUAACACAAAAGUAAUAGCAGCUGUUUAUGGCCCAAGAGAGAUUCAAAACAAGAGCCAACAAAAGAAUGGUCAUGCAUUGGUGCUUUGUGAGUAUAGUAUGGCUCAUUUUAGUACUGGUGAUCGUAGAAGACAGAAAAACGACAGGCGAUCAACAGAGCUAUCUCUUGUCAUCCGUCAGACAAUGGAAGCUUGCAUAUUAACCGAACUGUUGCCUCAUUCUCAGAUUGACAUUUUCCUUCAGGUCCUACAAGCUGAUGGAGGAACAAGAUCAGCUUGUAUCAAUGCUGCGACGCUAGCUCUCGCAGACGCUGGGAUUCCGAUGCGUGAUCUCGCUGUAUCCUGCAGUGCUGGAUACUUGAACAGUACUCCACUUCUUGAUCUCAACUAUGUCGAAGAUAGCGCUGGAGGAGCUGAUGUAACUGUCGGCAUUCUACCUAAACUAGACAAAGUCACACUCCUUCAGAUGGAUGCAAAGUUACCGAUGGAAACAUUUGAAACGGUGUUUGCGUUGGCUUCCGAAGGCUGCAAGGCGAUUGCAGAGAGAGUACGCGAGGUACUUCAAGAAAACACCAAACAGCUAGAGUAUCGUCGUGCUUCAUAAACUUCAGAGCUAAUGUACCAAAAGAUUUUUGUCAAUGAGUUUGUUAAAUGUUGCUUCUAACUUUCCCAAACUCAAAAGUUAGUAAUGCAAAAGACAUGCUGUUUUUGGUUAA